UUGAGUGUUAUGAUAAUGUGACCUGCGCAUUUGUGAAAAAAUUGAGCUGUCAGUCGUUUUGUUAAAAAAAACCAAUUUAUUGUCGAGAUCUGAAAUUAAGAGCCAACGACAAAGAAAGCUGAAAAGGAAUAAUGUCAACAUCUAAGAUUGAAGAGGCACAAGAGCACAUCCGACAAGCUGAAAAGAGUCUGAAAACUGGAUUGUUGAAAUGGAGACCCGAUUAUGACAUUGCCUGCGAUGAAUAUCAGAAAGCUGCGACUUGUUACCGAAAUGCAAAAUCAUUCGAUCAGUGUAAAGAGUGUUUGAUGAAGGCAGCCGAGUGCCACAUGCAAAAUCGAUCGCUUUUCCAUGCAGCCAAGUGUUUUGAACAAGUAAAUGAGAACAACAACAAAACGGAAAAAUAUUUUUCGUUGCUUCAGACCAUUUAUGGCGAAGGGGCAGUGGACACGUUUGAUUUGACAAUUUCUCAUUUUCAGGUGAUCCUAAUUUUGAAAGAGCAAAAUAAUUUUGGUGAAAUCGAAAGUUUGGCACAUCGCGCAUGUCGUCUUUAUCAGCAGCAAGGCUCACCAGAGGCUGCAGCUUCUGCAUUGGAUAAAGCCGCCAAGAUUAUCGAAAAUAUCCAUCCAGAACAGGCGCUCAAUUUAUAUCAGCACGCUAUUGAAGUCGUCAUGAUCGAAGACCAUUCCAGACAAGGGGCUGGCUAUGCAACGAAAGUAUCGAGGAUUAUGGUUCGACUGGGAAUGUUUGACCAAGCUGCUGACGCACUUCGACGUGAAAUAUGCCUGAAUCAACAAACCGAAUCAUAUCAAGCCAUAGGUCGAUUAGCUGUUGCCUUGGUGCUGGUGCAACUGGCUCGUGGAGACUCUGUCGCCGCCGAAAAAGCAUUCAAGGAAUGGGGCAACUGCUGUGACGCUAACGAAGUUCAAACGCUCGAAAUGUUACUGCAGGCUUACGAUGAUGAGGAUCCGGAUUUGGCACGACAGGCUUUGGCAUCGCCAUUCAUUAAACACAUGGAUGUUGAGUACGCUAGGCUAGCGAGGGAUCUUCAACUUCCGAAGGGUAUGUCGGCGCCGAAAGCAAAUGUUAUUGAAAAUGCCACAGCGUCCUACAAAUCACCGAACACUGGCGCUUCGACGAACGAUGGCGAAGGCUCAUCUUCUCAACCUCCACCGGCAAUCGACGACGACGAAGAAGAGGGCGGAUUGUGUUAGUGUUCGCCACGACGACGAAAUUCAGACGAAGAAAAUGGAAAACUGUAUUUAAUGAUAAAAAAAUUGAGUGUUUGUAUAUUCGUACGGGUACACGUGAAAUUUGUAUAUUACAUUUUGUUUUAGCUUCAUUUGAGCUAAAUAGCAUGAUAUAUGAUGAUGGUAUUAAAACUAUUAUUGAAAUGAAAAGAUAAAUCUAAUGACAAGGUAAAUCUUAAAAAAAAAAUUAUUCCAAAGUAAAAUUAUUAUUAUUAUUAGUCUAAAUAUCUCGUCACAUCUAAUCGUUGAAAUUCGAACCACUAAGCAAAGAAUUGAAAACUUAGACGUUAAUUUUGAAAGUUUUUAUUUA